AACAAUUUUUUUCUUCUUCUUUUUUGGUUUGUUUUAAGAAGAAAAAUGUCAAUCCUUCAAAUCCAAACACUCUCAAAUUUUUUGACAGGUCCAACUCCAACCAAGUUGUUCCUCCACCCAAAACCCCAUAACUCUUCACUCUACUCCCAACCCAUCACACCCAAAACGACGAUUAUUCGUAUGGGAGGGGGUCCCAGAACCUACCCAGGUGGCGUAUCAAAGUGGCAAUGGAAGCGAAUGCAGGCAAAGAAAGCCAGCCAGCUCCUCAAGGCUCGCCUCGCUCGCGAGCGCAAUAUUUACGAGAUGCGAAAGCGAGCAGAGAUCAAGGCUGCUGUGUCAGAGCUCGAGAGGCCUUGGGAGGUUGUCGAGAGAGCCCCUAACUUGCUCUCCGUUGGCGCUGACGAACAAGUGAAAGUCUUGGCUGAUAGGUUCCAAAGGCCUGGUGGGUUCGAUUUGUGGACUCAGAGAGAUGGGCCUCAGUUGUUUCAGACUGUGGAUGAGUUACCCUCAGCUAGAUUUUUCCCUAAAGGGGUUGUUCAUAGUAUCAAACCCUAUCAAAGAAAUGGUGGGUUGGAUGAAUUAAAGGAGGAGAAGGGUCAGAAUUUAUUGGAUUCGGAGAGUUCGUAUCAGAAAGAUAGUUUGGAAUUAUCGGGUGUGAAUAGGCGAAAUGGGAAGAGAAGUAAUGGGAAAUUGAGAAAGAAUGUGAAUAGGAAUAGGUUUCAGGAUGUGGGUUCGAAUGGUUCCGGUGGGUUGGAGUCAAGGGAAGCUGGUUUUGAUAGAGAACAGAGAGGAAAGGGCCCCAUUGGUUCCUGUGGGUUGGAGUCAGGGGAAGCUGGUUUUGGUAGAAAACAGAGAGGAAAGGGCCCCAUUAGACGGAAUGUUCGGGGUAAUGGCUCGUUGGGGUUGAGAGAUUCACAGUCUGAUGAUGUUUAUGAUAUUGGUUUUGAUAGAAAACAUAGAGAAAAGGGCCCCAUUAGACGGAAUGUUCAGGGUAAUGGUUCGUUGGGGUUGAGAGAUUCACAGUCUGAUGAUGUUUAUGACAUGAAUUUGCAAGAAGAUGGAAGUUACAAAUUCUAAAUCAAGAAUGGCCGGAAUGACUUGAAUUGUAGCUGCUUUCGUUCCUCUGAUGUAUAUGUGCAUAUGCACAUAUUAUUCCUUGUUCAAAAUUGGAAUGCUGAUGUUUUACUCACUGACACCCAGGAUGGUUGCGCGAUAUGCACCUCCAAUUUCAUACAACUUUCUCAAUCUCAUUCGUCUUUAUGGUGAUGAAAAAACUAUCUUUGAACAGGAGAAGGUUGAGACUGAAUUGAAAUCAACGAAAGUGAUGGAGGAUGGAAAGAGAGGUCAAUUACAAUCUUUAAAAGAAGAGGCCCUAAUUGACACAAGCAGAGAAGCCAUCAACAAUAUGGAUUUGGUUGAGAAACAUGUAACCUCCUCAACAGCUGAUUCAAGCAAUCUUCAAAAUGUAACAGCAGGAUCAUCAUCUAGAUUCACUUCAAAGUGGGAAGCCAUGAAGACUGGUUUUCAAAACUUGAAGUUUAACGUUGUUUCCAAGAGAUUCAUUCCUUUACGCCAGGGUCAAGAAACCAAAAUCGACCAUGUUUCCUCAUCUGAAUCACUUGAUGAAAUAUUUGAGAGAUUGAAACAGCCAACCAUGAACCGUAGAGGUUAUUACAAUGAUGACAAUGAUGAUGAUCAUGGCUUGGACAUCAGGGAGAUGCGAUCAUCCAUAUAGUCUCUUACACAUUAAGCAGAGCCAUUAUGAAAAUAGGUAUAAUCAUUUUGGUUUAAUACUCUAGAGAUGUGUUUCUAGGAUAGUUGAAUUUUACUCUUCAACAAAUUCUAUUGUGACUGGAUCACCUGUGGUGUAGAGAAUUCUCAAGCGCACACAUUUUUUACUAGUUGAUUGGGGGUAAACGUAAAAAGAAAAUAUGGCCCAUGAUUUGAAGAGGAGUGAUUUAUGGGGAACUCAGCCAGUAAGUACUGUAAUUGUAAGCAUGUGGUAGAUUACUGCAUGCAUGUUGUGUACAGUCAUUUAUACAUGUGACGUUUUUCUCCGAGCUAA